AUGACAUCCCAGAACUCUAGAAGUAUCUUGGGAAAUGUACCAUUUGACAUUUUGGUUCACCUUUUAGGCUUUCUAUGCCCAUUAGAUAUCCUCGCGGCACGACAGACAUGUAAGCUGCUUCAGGAAGCAACAUCACAGCGGUCGCUUUGGAUAGGCGUCCUUCGCAGCGUUUGCGCGGAAAACCAUAUCUUCUGGCCCACUUACCCUAUCAAGGACAUGUCGACAAGUGAUCUCGUCAAAGCCGCAUUAACUCCUACCAGAUUUCUGUCGUUCAUUUUCAAAGAGAGAGAUCCUGCUUUGGAGGGAAUUGAACCGAGAACAGUGAUACAUUUUACACCUGGGAAUCUGAAUCGUCUUCGGAACCCAUGCCCUAUCGACCUUCUUCCUGGGGGGCGCUUCCUGGUUUGCGCUGAAUACAAAAUUCUGUCGAUCUGGGACCUGGGUUGUCCCUCUGAGGGGUGCUCGUUGUCUGAACUCAUUUUGGUUGCAUGUGUCGCAACUGAGGAGUGCCACAGAUUUAUGCUAAAGCCCACGAACGAUGCCCUUGGAAUUCAAGUUGUGGUACUGUCGGCACCAGCGAACAAUGUAACGGUGUUUGAGAUCCGUCCUACAUUUUCCAACCCCAGCUUUCGUCAAAUCACGAGUCUUGACGUCGUCCUCCACGAAGGAUGGGACAUCUAUUGUUUAUGUGGAGAUCGACUUUUUAUCGUUUGGCAGGAUAUCGUGACUGUCUGGGAUUUCUCCAGGAACUUAUGGGCAAGCUGGGAAGUGGAGAGGUCACCCAUGAGUAUUUCAGCAAUAGAUAAUCAUGUCAUUCUUGUUGAAGACUCGGAUGACCACGAAGCAAGGGUCGGGAUCUGGAAGAUCCCUCCAUUGCACCCGAUCGGGCACACAUCUGCGUCUCUCGGUGUGCUCCCUGCUGACACCUGGUUCGCGCCACUUCAGGUUGAAGACCUGAUUUCAGUAGAAUACUACGGUGGGUUGGAUGACUGGUACCGAAUAGGAGGCGUCGGACGGACACAAUGCAUAAUUGACGGUUAUGGAUGCCGCAUUGAAUCUUUCUCAAAAACCGCAUUUCUCCGGGUAGAAUUACCCCUCAAACUCGAGGAUAAUCAAUCCACCCACAAUGUGGAUUUGGACUUUCAUAUCUUUGACUUUCUUUCAAAAGAAAGUAUUUUUGGAUCCCUUGGAGUGUGUAAUGAGAACGCCAUCUCUGUGUGGACCUCUCCAUUCGGCAUCCAAUUUCAUGCCACAAGGCGAACUAAUAUCGUCAAUCGACCUCAUACACCUGUGGAUUUGACACCCUCCCCCCGCUCUGCUUCUGUUCACAUUAGGAUGCCCUUGGUUCCUGAGGUUGCUGCUUUUUGCCCUGUUUCGGGGCGGCUGUGUUAUCUUUUAGGCGAUGAUUCAUCUACCAUCUUCAUUACCGAUUGUCUUUCUAGGAAUAUCACCUCUGAGUCGGGGCAUGCACCAAGCAGUGUCGCGUUGAUCUCAGGCUCAGCUGCUAGCACUGAAACCUACAAGUAUAUGCGUCUUUGGGGUCGACUGGGGCUGCUCCUUCAAGUUGGUUUUGGUGCGGGACGAUAUCCUCGCGGCUCGACAGACAUUAAGCCCAACUUGCUCCUUUCUGAACUUCACUCACCAGGUGUCAUUAGAGCGAACAAUGUAACGGCGUUCGAGAUCUAUCCUACAUCUUCCAACCCCAGCUUUCGUAAAAUUACGAGUCUCGACGUCGUCCUCCAUGAAGCAUGGGAGAUUUAUUGUUUAUGUGGAGAUCGGCUUUCAAUCAAUUACCAAAAUAUCGUGACUGUUUGGGAUUUCUCCAGGAAUUUAUGGGCAAGCUGGGAAGUGGAAAGGACACCCGCCAGUAUUUCAGCAACGGAGAAUCAUGUCAUCCUUGUUGAAGGUGACCAUGAAACAAGGGUGGGGGUCUGGAAGAUCCCCCCAUUGCACCCGAUCGGGCACACAUCUGCAUUCCACGGUGUGCUCCCUCCUGACAUCUGCUUCACGCUACCUCAGGUUGAAGACCUGCUUUCAGUAGAAUACUACGGCGGUUUGGAUGACUGGUACCUAACAGGAGCCGUCGGAUGGACGCGAUGCAUAAUUGACGUUUAUGUAACCCACUUGGGAUUUCGACGAAGAUCCGCACUUCUCCGGGUAGAAUUACCCCUCAAACUCGAGGAUGCUCAAUUCACCCACAAGGAUGAUUUGGACUUGCAUACCUUUGACUUUGCAACAAGGGAAAAUAUCUUUGGAUCCCUUGGAGUGUGUAAUGAGAAUGCCGUCUCCGUUUGGACCUCUCCAUUUGGCAUCCAAUUUCAUGCCGCAAGGCGAAGUAACGUCGUCAAUCGACCUUGCACACCUGUGGAUUUGACACCCUCCCCCCGCUCUGCUUCUGUUCACAUUAGGAUGCCCUUGGUUCCUGAGGUUGCUGCUUUUUGCGCUGUCUCGGGGCGGCUGUGCUAUCUUUUACAUGGUGAUUCAUCCAACACGGUCUAUAUCACUGACUGUCUUUUUAGGAAUACCUCUGAGGAUUGA